AUGUCUACCCUUGACCACGACUUUAUACAGCAGCUAGCAGCCCUGGGAACACCAUAUCCGCGUCUCAAAUGGUAUAUCGGAGCCAUAGUGGCGCUAAGCGCAUUGAACUAUCCUGAAGAAAUCGGGCCUUUGUAUACAUGUCUCCUCGACAAAUACAUUGCCCCGGAUGACCAUUAUGAGCAGACGCGCAAGAUCAAAGAGGCUUUGGUCAAGGCUUGCGGGCUGCAUGGUGCGGCCAAGACCGGCAAUGCAAUGCGAGCUCUAUAUGCCGUAACACCGGCUCACCUAAUUGACAAGACAUGUUAUCGCGAAAACGACGUCGACGACACAGCGGCAUAUGCACGCGGAGACGAGUUUCUGAAAAGCCUUUAUCCCGAUGUGCCAGAUUUGAAUACGGAAGAUGACUUUGUUCGCAAAACAUCGCCGGAUUACUUUCACGUUGUAUCCCGCCUGUUUUACCCGCGCAUCUUCUCCUUCAAUCAGAUCUUGGACAAGCUCGAGUCAAGCCAGGCAAUCGUUUCGAGCCUCAUCGGGAUCGACUGCACGGGCCAGGCACGCAACCAUAUGAGAGGAAUGAUGUGGAAUGGCGCCACGCGGGACGAGGUGACUAUGGUGCGAGAUGUCGUUGUGCGUAUUGCAGAGCGGCUUGGGGUGCAGUUCAAGGCUGGUCCGAUUGCUGUUCCGGAGAUUCCAAUCUUUCAAUAA